AUGCGCCUUUCUUGCGAGCCGCCAACCAUGAGCGCAGUUCCGUUUGACGUGAAGAAGAUCGCCGUCAUCGGCGCUGGACCAACCGGUCUCGCCGCCGCCCGGUAUCUCGAGGCGCAAGGGGCUUUUGAGUCUAUUGUCGUCUUUGAGCAGCAGGCCGAAGUAGGCGGCGUCUGGAACUACAGCGAGCACCCGACAAAUUCUCUCCAUGUGCCCCAGACCGACCCUUUCUGCCCGCAGGACCCUCCGAUCCGGCCCAAUCCCGAUGAGCCUCCCGUGUUCCCCACCCCGAUGUAUGGGACACUGCACGCCAACACCGUCAAGACAACCAUGCUAUACAAGGACACGCCUUUCCCGGAAGAUGCGUGGGUAUUUCCCUCUAGGCAAUCUAUUUACAAUUAUCUCGUGAAAUACGCCAACCAAGUUCGUCAUCUUAUCAAGUUCUCUCAUCAAGUCAAGGCGCUGGACCUCCGACAGGAGAACGGCAGAGACAAGUGGGAUUUGAAAGCAACUUGCACCGUCACCGGCCGGGCUUUCAGCGACACGUACGACGCCGUGGUCAUAGCCAAUGGGCACUACGACGUUCCCUAUAUUCCGGACGUCAAGGGGAUCAAGGCUUACCACGAGGCUCAUCCCAAUGCUAUUCUGCACUCCAAAAACUAUCGGGUACCAGCACCGUUCGCCGGCCAAAAAGUCAUUGUCGUCGGUAACGGACCGUCGGGCCUUGAUAUUGCCCGUCAGAUCAGCCCGCUAGCGGACAAGGUGUUUCUAUCGGUCCAUCAUCCGACUCCACCAGACAAGGUGGAUCAUAUUGGGGUAGUCGAAGUACCUGCGAUAGAAGAGUAUUUGCCAGAGAAAAAGGCCGUCCGCUUUAGUGACGGCAAGAUAGAGGAGAAUGUCUCCACCGUCAUCUACUGCACUGGGUUCUUCUUCAGCUUCCCCUUCCUCCCAGACAUCCUGAGACCAAAUCUAUUGACGACUGGUAAAGGCGUUAGGGGUCUGUACCAGCACCUCUUCCUCAUCAAGCACCCAACACUGGCCUUCGCCGGUCUGCUGGUAAAAACUGUUCCGUGGCCAUUGGCAGAGACGCAGGCAGCCGUUCUGGGGGUGGUCUGGUCAAACGGCCUGUCCCUUCCGCCAGUUGAAGAACAAGAGAAAUGGGAGCUCGCUCUGUUUAAGAGACGUGGGGACAAGAACAUUCACGUCCUCGUAGAUGAUGGAGACGACGGACGCUUCCUCAACUCUCUCCACGAUUGGGCCUUGGAGUCGACGAAGAAAGGCAAAGAGCCUCCGUACUGGCAUGACGAGCAAUUCUGGGAGAGGAGCAUCUACUACCAGAGCAAGCAAGAGUUUGAAAAGCAGGGAGGUGUUGCGACGUCUCUCAGGGAGCUUGGGUUCGCAUAUCCAGGAAAGGGAAAGUGGAAGUUCCUCCCAUCCAAGCUGUAG